CAAUAUAAGUUGUUUUGUUAUGUUCUUAUUUUGUAUGUUGUCGGCUCUGCAGCUGGAAAAUCUUCAGUUCUAUUGGAUAUUAAGCCAUGGGAUGAUGAAACUGACAUGAAAAAGCUUGAAGAAACAGUUAGGAGCAUUCAGAUGGAGGGUUUGCUUUGGGGAGCUUCCAAGCUUGUUCCUGUUGGUUAUGGCAUCAAAAAGUUACAGAUUAUGAUGACCAUUGUGGAUGACCUUGUGUCCGUGGACACCCUGAUCGAGGAGCAUCUCACUGUUGAGCCAGCAAAUGCGUACAUCCAGAGCUGUGAUAUCGUAGCGUUCAACAAAAUCUAGAAAUUUUUCCUCGUCUAUGGUUGGUUUGGGCAUGCUUGUGAUGACGAUGAGGAGUCUGUGGUCUCCAUGCUUAAAUGGUCUCCAUGCUUAUGUACCUCAGAACUAUUUAUUCUCUAUAUUUAACCCAAACUGGAACGCUUGAUCUGUGUUGAGGUUUCUAUUUCAAGAAAUGGUUGUAUGAUCGACAUUCUUUCCUAGUUAUUGAUGGUUUCGUGCGACAGUUUUGAUUGAUU